AGUUGUGUGCAUGGCCACGGAAAUAUUUGUAAUUGUUUUCUUUUAAACAUGUUGUUUUUAAAAUGGGUGGUUGCAAUUACUUGAUUUAAUGUUAAUCCUUGCGGUGCAGUCGGUAUUCUGUUGACUACUGCUACAACAAACGUGAAGAUAAUGAAGUUAUCUAUCCCUUAAACUUUUAUAGUAAAUGCAUGUGUUCUUUACGUUAUUGUCUUCAUAUUUUUGUCUGUUUUCAAAGGUAGAUGUUUUAUAGUAAAUUCCUAUAUAUUAAACUGUGUGCCGGCCACAAUUAUGCAUGGUUCUUUCCUUUUUGUCUUAAACAUUUGGAGUCACUAUUCAAUCCUCAUCCACUUAAACAUUUCAUAAACCAAUCACAAACCACCUUGCUCUAUUCAUACUCUUCACAACCUUAAACCAUGUUGAAUUUCUUCAAAAGAUUGUCAUGCCUUAUAUGUUUUCUCUUGCUAUUCUUUGAUGUUUCUGUGUGUUUAUCUUCUUCUUCAUUUGAUGACUUCAACUUUUGUUUGGAGAAUCACAAAAUAAAAAACUUCACUAUUUUUCCUUACAAUGAUUACUAUAAAAUUCUCAACUUUUCAAUUCAAAAUCUUCGGUUUGCAGAACCUACGACACCUAAGCCGAUAGUAAUUGUACUUCAAGAGAGUUUGAAGCAGCUAAAGAAAAGUUUAGCAUGCUGCAGAGAAUUCUCUUUGGGAAUAAGAGUGAGAAGUGGAGGACAUAGCUAUGAAGGUUGAUAUGGAGACGAAAACAACGUGGGUUGAAGGUGGUGCAACAUUGGAAGAAACUUACUAUGCUAUCUCUCAGGCAAGUGAUGUAUAUGGGUUCUCAGCUGGAUCAUGUCCAACUGUAGGAGUUGGCGGACAUAUUGGUGGUGGGGGGUUCGGUCUGUUGUCUAGAAAAUAUGAAUCACUCGAUAUGUAUGCAGUAGCAAGAAGAAAAAGAGAGGUCAACAGAGGGCUGUUGGAGGAAAAAGCGGCUCUUGCAUCGGCUGAGUCGCAUCGAUAUGUUGAGACUCGAAAACCUGUUCCUGAUCCUCAAGUUACAGGUUUGAUAUAUGGAAACAAAAACAAAGAGAGUUCAAAUAGGACACAUGAUUAG